UAGAAAGAUGAGGGAGGAAGAAGUUGGUGGGGUGCCUCUUUACGUUUUUUUUCGUCAUCUUGAUUAUCAAACCAGCCGACCCCAUCCCGCGGAGCUGGGUCGGCUAGAGCUGAUGAUGAGCUGUGCGCGACGUUCAUUGGCUGUCGCCUUGAUUGGCAUCCCAUGCUAGGAAUUUGAUGUCCAUGUCACUUCUGAGGGUCAUAAUCAUUUUCCAAACCCGAGAGAGAGAGAGAGAGAGAGUCUGUGUAGUCGUUACGGAAUACACCAGGGCCUGUCUGCACCCCCGGAGUACUAUACAAGCUGUUUGGAUGAAGAGUUAGUUCAGCAAUUUUUGGGGGUAGAGAAAUUUUUUUUUCUUGGGGGGUUCGAGAGGCUUAGCCGUCUGGCGUAAAGUGCUGUUUGGCGAUCGAGGUUGAAUGAGGCACACGGACGCGGCGGGCUUGACUGGCAACAUGGCGGAGAUUUCCUCCAUGGGCACAGUGGACAUGAACGCGACCAACAUGGCCAAUUCGGCAGUGUUCGCACCCGGUUCCACGCAGCAGCUCUUCAACAACUGGAUGGCCUACUGGCCGCAAAUACAGCAGCAGCAACAACAGCAGCAGCAACAGGACCAGCAAGGGAACACCGUGCCGACUGGAUCGAAGAGCGGGCACCACGGGCUCCCCAACGGACUCAACUCCACAGCGGCCGAUCAACUCGGCCUGUCCGGGACGUGGUCCGAGAAAUACAUCCAAGAGAACCCGGACAUCUCAAGCCAGUUGUCGGACUUCCUGUUGAUGCAGAAUGGAGAGCAUCCUUACAACUCGGCGAGACACUCUCAGAGACUUGAGGAGGUGGCCAGCUUUGCGUUCCGAAACAACAAGAACCAGAUCCCAAGCUCACUGCAAACCAUGAGCAAGAUGAUGACGUCGCCCUAUGGCAGCAUUGGCGACAUUGCUGACCAGUUCAGUGAUCUCUCACUGUCGCCGAUUGACCGCAAAAUGGGGCGGAGACCGCCCCCCACUUAUCUCUGCCACCUUUGCUUCAACAAGGGCCACUACAUCAAAGACUGCCCUCAGGCUCGCCCCAAGGGGGAGGGACUGACGCCCUACCAAGGCAAGAAGCGCUGCUUUGGCGAGUACAAGUGCCCCAAGUGCAAGCGGAAGUGGAUGAGCGGCAACAGUUGGGCCAACAUGGGCCAGGAGUGCAUCAAGUGCCACAUCAACGUCUACCCACACAAGCAGCGCCCUCUAGAGAAGCCAGACGGUCUGGACGUCUCUGACCAAAGCAAGGAGCAUCCGCAACACCUCUGCGAGAAGUGCAAGGCGCUGGGCUACUACUGCCGUCGCGUCCAGUAGGUCGCCUACCACCUCUUCCCCGGUCCCCCCCUCCCCCCCCCAAAGGAUUUGACGCCUCUUCUGUCUCACUCACAGGCCCACAGAGAGACCAUUUCCAGUUGAAACAUCACUGCGAAACCUCUUGUAAUCACGGCACACAUUGUACAGCCAGCUCUUAAUAUGAACAGCACCCAUACCGUAACCUACUGCUACUAAAGGGAAAUUUGUGCAUGUCAAAUCUACUUUAGGGGAAUUAUGCCAUUAGUCUGUAUUUCAAUUCUGGCAAUAACUAGGUUCUUGUUGUUAUCACAAGGCUGAUCCCAGCAAACUGUUUGCAACAAGCAUUGACUGUGUUUUGGUACAAGGUGGAAGACUUGUAUUUGAUAAAUGUAUUUAUGUGUAAUUCUGAUUUGGAAUCUGAUGUAUUUUUUUUUCUGGGUUCACGGUUGAUAAUUGAUGUCCCACUUUCUUCUGCCUUGACCCUGUGAGUGGUUUGCCUAGCAAGGGUUUGAGAGUUGUUAUGCUCAGCAUGGAAACAUUUUUGUUAAGCAAAAAAAAAAGUCUUCAGCUAAGAUUUUGAUGCACUUUGUAGCAGCUGCAUGAAUCUUGUGGGGGGUGCAGUGGUUGUUUCUCAGGAUUUGGGAAUCCACAUCAUCCAAAAGGGAUGUGUAUGCUCUGUAACUAACUGAAGGGGUUUGCUAGUUUCAAUUGUAUGAAGAGCCCUUCUAUAUUGCUGACAAACAAAAGCAAUUGGAAUUUCCCGGCCGGUAGUCAAUUUGUGUUUCAGUGACGUCAAAAACCCAUCAUGGUCAAUUGCAAGCAUUUUCAAGCCUUCUUUAACUUCUUGUAGCCUAGCAAGAGCAGAAUGCCUUUUUGGAAGUAGAUCUUGUGGCAUGCUGUAUCAUCCAAUAAAUUUCUUGGGUUUUUGAAGGCUCACUUGAAAAGAUUCUUAAUGCCAGAACUGAUUCUGAUUCACAAAUAACUGAUUUUUUCUCGAGACUUUAUCAUUGUUUAUUCUUAAUGGAAACCUCCUGGCUGUUAUUGUGCAUUUCUACUUUGUUGCUGCUCUCUUCCAAAACUGGCAUCAUCUGAUGCAAAGACUGUCUUCUGAAACUGAACAAAUGAAGAGUUUGGGCUUUCAUGGGCAUAUAUCCUGUGCGCCCAAACUGGGCUCGAGUUUUGGCCUGAUCCGUUUCUCACAAAACUCUCAACUUAAACAGAACCUCAAAAUGCAGUUGAUUUGAGUUAUGUAGGUUGUUAACGAAAUAUUUUUUGUUUUAGAACAAAAAAUAUGAAAGUUGUGAGAAACUUUUCUCGUGUUGGUGUAGCGCCUUGCUUCUUGCCUUGUGUAUAUAUAGGUGUAUAUAGUGCCCAUGGUUUGUUUUUGACCAAUGCUACACGCUCAACAUGCAUUUCACAAAUCAUCACCAACCCCUCAAUGAAGAAAAUCAGUCAGUAAAAACCGGUGUGCGUUUUAAAGAAUGGACAGGCAGUCUUAUGAGGUUUGAUGAUUUUUAACUAACAAAAAUUCAAAAAUUUGAUUUUAAGAGCUUUUGUGCUAGGCGGCUUUGUACAGGUAGAAGUCAGUGUGAUUGUAGUAGAGUUAGGUUGACUUGUGUUUGUAAACAGUUCUAAUCAGCACUAUUUUUGUGAGAUUUGUGUUAUUCAGAAUUUUUUAUGAAUUGUUUAUGAUGCAAGAGGAACAUUGAUGAAAUCAAAAUAAGGGCUUUUUAUGAGGUUUUUAGUCAAGAAGUACAGAGAUCUUUGAAGAGUCGGAUUUGAAGACCACAUCGACCUGACCGGAGUGUUUAUUGGAGUAAAUUGCAUCUUCACUGUCUGUUGAACAUUAUUUCUCAGCCCAACAGGUUACCAGCCAAUGUGCUCUGUGAUGUCUGCUGCCCUUGGCAGGUACCCAGCUAAGGUUUUGCUUUGCACAUCGCACCAAAAUUGUUAUACGUGUGGGUAGCUCUACUAAGUUGGGCCAGGGCCCUGCUUGCCCAAGACACGGCCACAAACCGGUAUAGAUAAUGUCCAAACAUGUUGAUCAUGUUUUGAAUCAUUCUCUGUCAGAGUUCUUUAAAUCAAGUUUGUGUGGUUUUCAGCUCCGACAACUGUCGCCUUCUUCACCAGGGCUGGUAUCAAGUUUUUCCCAGUGAUAGGGAAACUUUCUGUCAAUUCAUCACGUUAUAUCAUUCACUGGCUUUUAUUUGGAAAUGAAAUCGAUCACAAAUGUGAAAUCGGUGUGGAAUGUAUCAUUUGUGGAACAUUUGCCUCACAGUCAGUGGAAAAACAAACAUAUACAAAUGUAGUGAAUUUAGCAUUGAUUCAUUUGGCUAGUUUUAGAGCGUUUCUGUCACCAAUGUUGUAUAAAUUGAGUAAAAACCCUUGUGGUUCAUUGUCACGUAACAUUCAUGCCUAUGUAUUCGCCGUUUAUUUUUAAGUCUAAUCAGUAUCAACAAGCUUAAAAUUAGAAAAACUUUUUUGUUUUUAGAUUCGACAUUGGCUUUAAUAUUUUUCAAAUUGUAUGCAUAUAUUGUUCCAAAAGAAGGUACAUGUAUUUCGUAGUGCAAGUCGCACCAACAUUUCUUUCCUAAUGCUUUCCUCUGUAAGCCGUACUGGUACUUGAUUUUUGAAGGAGUUUUUAUCGAUGGAGAUUUUUUUUCAGUGGAACUUAAUUCAAGCUCCGUUUAUUUAGGGGCAAGUUAGGAGAGUUGGUUUCUUAUCUAUAUACAGUCAGAAUUUUCCACUAAUAUUUAAUAAGUUGGGUUAUGUGUGUAUAUUAUAUGAGUGUUACAAUUUUUUCUUCUUAUUUCUGUAGGAUACAAUAAUGUGUGUAUUUUAGCUCUCUGUUCUGAUAUUACUAAAAAAGAAAAAAAAAGUCAAGAUUUAUGGAUAUUUUUUUCCUGGAAACAAGACAAAGGGAUAUAUGUAUAAAUAGUUAGUGCUAGUGGCUUUUUCAAUGACAAUGAAGUGUUUUCAUUAUAAAAUUAUUGUCAUGACACCUUCGAUGUUGUUGUUCUCACUUAAAAUGGUGGUUUGUUUGAUAUAUUUCAUGUAUAUUUGUCGUACGUGCACAUGUGUGUGUAGUUGAGCUUGAAUGGCUUUGGUAAGUUGGGAGGGUCAAUGAAAAAUGCAUGUACCUUAACAAUACACCCAUAAAACUGUUUUACAGUUUCACGACCAGCCCAAAACGAUAUUUCCGGGGUACUGAUUUUUUUCCCUAUUAUUUAUAAGGAGUUUUGCCGAAUAUCCACCACAUCCGUUCAAAAAGGAACACUCAUUGGCAGCAAAAAGUGCAUUUCUCGGCCAGUUUUGUUAUUCUCGUAUCAUGACACUUGCUUUAAAGACUCCUUGGUUUGGGCGAAUCAAGUUUGCGUCUAAUGUUGUGAAGAUUUUAGACUUAAUAUUUCAUGGACGCGAUCAUAAUAAUGAAACCUGUGGCCAGCUUCAGCAUGGAAAACUGGUUCUUAUGGAGAAGUUAAAAAGACACUCAAUUCUUUACAUAAGGGACUUUUUUCCGAGUUAAAACUGGUAAAUGUGGGACAGCCAUAUUUCAGUGGUUGACUUUUUCUUGAAUUCCGAAAAUCUCGGGAAAGAUUUUAUUUUUAAUUUUGUACCGUGCAUGCAGUAGGCUUUAAUGAUUUAUGAAGUGGGCCUGCAUGUUCAUUGAUUUCAUUGAUGGGAUUUCGGCCAGUCGGCCUGUAUUUUGUUUCUCUCGAUUUGAGGUUAAAAGGCGAGAUAUUUCAGUGUUUGCAUUGCGAUGUGUUUUUAAACAUCUUGUAAUUGCCAGCGGAUGCCAAUUGUUUGCCAAUAUCAAAAUGUAGACACCAAAUUUCUUCAUGACUUGAUCAAGUUAUAGUUUGUAAUUGAUACAGAUUCUCGUAGUAGAGAUGUAGUUUGUGUCAUGUUGUUUAUCCGAGUUAUUAGAGUAAAUUUCAUUGACAAGUUUACCGUAUGUACAUUUAGAAUGAGCAUUUGAUAAAAGAAUGUUAAUAUUUUUCUGUAUCUAAGUACGAUGUAGCGUUUUAUGCGAGACACAUCAGUGGGUAUGUGUUUGUAUUCUUACGAAAACUAGUCAACUCAACCGUGAGAUUGGGGAUGAUGAGAGCCACCCCUGCUUCCAGAAUAGUGUGUCUUGAAACAGUGAUUUUUAUCUUAACGUUUGGGAUGUACUAUUUGUGUUCUGUGGCGUGUUUGGAGGGGUGUUGUUGUGCUUCUUCUUUUCUUCGGAUUGGGUUUAAAGUAGUUCAACUGCCGUCUGUUAUAUGCAGGGUAUAUUUGCUGUUUAUAAUUAUAUAGCCGACACCAUGAUUGAAAAUAAUUAUUCAUGAUUAUAAAUUGUUAUGCAAAACGAAUCAUGCGAAGACUUUUGGAGUUAUAUUAUGCUGUUUUGGAUAGUUCCAAACGGUCGUUUUUAACAUGAUAUUUGAGUAUAAUGUCUUGCCAUGUGCAUACUAUUGAAGGAUUGCGGUGUUUACUCUAUAUAUUUUGUUGCGUCACUAACUUUGCACUUAUGGGAAGUUUUUUACACGUUUGUAAGUCGAAUUCACGAAAGAAGUACAUGUAUAACUAUUUUUUCGCAUGGAUGUUCACAUUGUGGAGUAAAGAUGUAAUUGUUUUUUUUUUUUCAGAAAUGGCUUUGAAACUAUUUUUCUCACGUAGAAUAGGAACUUGUAGGUAAUUUCUGAAGGGCAAAAAUCAUGGCAGUACCGUAACAACAAGUGAAAGUCGAGCAUGUUGUGGCAUUUUGAGUGAAAUUAGGUCUUCCAAAAAGCCAUUGAUGGUGCAUAUAAGUCAAAUAACUUUAUUUUACGUUGGUUACUCAAAUCAUGAUCACAAGUGUAGAGUAAAUCUGUUGCGUAGAUCUGCUGCGUAAUUCCAUGAUUUUCGUCGGUGUCACCGUCACUGCAUUAAGUCAAGUGCAGGAAACCAGGCCUUGCUACAUGCAUACAUGCAUAAAUUCAUUAUUUCUGAGGGUUACUAGAACCAAAGGAGCAAAAUAGGUAGAAUACUAUCAUGUCAGAACCUCACAGUCAUAAAAUCCAGGCCCAAUUAAUCGUCUCCGUCGUGUGACAGUUUGAUUGAAUUGCUCACGAGCUGGGGAACUGCGGCCGAAUAUCAAUACCAGAAACAAGACAUAAAUCUCUCCCGGCCCGAAUUUAUGAACUUGAUGAGUGAUGGCCGGCAACGGUUGUUCAAGUUCUUUGCAUAUACAAUGUAGUUAUUGAUAAUAAUGUACAUGUACCCUACGUGUAGACUGUACAUGUAUAAUAUGCACGUGGCACCAUACUAUUAAUCAUAUCCUACCAAUAAUGUGCUAUAUACAUACAGUAGCCUAUGUAAGAAUAUGUCAAGUCGUAAUGUAAAGCCGAGCUACAUGUAUACUAGGCAACCAUGCGAAUUAAACUAAUAAAGUGAGAAAGAGCUUCGCCUUGUAAUGCGA